AUGGGACCUGGCUCUAACCCCAUGGGUGGCGCGACCGUCUUCGACCGCCGACCAAAUGCUCCCGAUCUGCCGGCAGUCCAACUACCCCCACCGCAGUUCCAUUCCAUGAAUCCUUUCCACAAGCCUGCCUACCAACCAUCAACCACUCUGACCAGCGUUGGAAACCUGUUGACACCUCCAAGCAACAGCUCGGCCGACGGUAUCAGUCCAAGCUCGGGCAUCUCAAGCAGCGCACCCCUCUCGAGCCACGGCGCAGUACAAGCAUAUACACCAAACGGUACUGGUGGCAUGUGGCCUCCUCCGUCCACCACUGGCUCUACACCCUACGGCUAUCAGUCCUCCGGUACACCAGUGUCAUUCCCUUCAGGGCGUGCGUUGUUCUCUCCAUCACUGAAUUCCAUUGUCGGCGGGACCAGAUCGCCUGCUGCCAGCGACAGCCUUCCGCCACCACCAUUCGAGAUUCCUCAGUACUCGCAGUCAAUGCCAAUGUCUGCUCCAACAUCUUACAGCCAACACCAGGGCUAUAAUCCUGGGGUCCAUGGACAACACACACCCGUGUCAGCUCCUGUAACUCAGGCCUCUCCGGUCAGCGCCCAAGAUGCAUUCGCCCGGCCUCCACCAACACCGACCUACUACACACAACAACAAUCAUCCACCUCCUCGCAACACGGAUACUCAUACUCUGGACCUUCACCCGUACAGCAAAGUCCAAUGACCAGCAACCCGCUCAAGAUGUCUCCGGUGAAUCAACAUGGGUCCAUCCCACCCCUUCAAUCACACUCGACACAGCAGUACAGCCAACACAGGCCAUACAGCUACCCAAUGAACCAGCCAGUGCUCUCCAAUGUGGCCAACCCAAAUGGACAGCUUACGUUGGUCGGGGGUGGCAUGCCACACGGCAUGAUGCAAGGCUUUAACAGUGGACACGCACAGCCAAAUGCACAGAACGACAGACCUUUCCGAUGCGACCAGUGCCCCCAGAGCUUCAACAGAAAUCACGAUUUGAAACGACACAAGAGAAUUCACCUGGCUGUAAAGCCAUUCCCGUGCGGUCACUGCGACAAGAGCUUCUCGCGUAAGGAUGCUCUCAAGCGACAUGUACUCGUGAAGGGAUGCGGAAACAAGACGGCAUCCACAGCAGAGGUGAAGGAGAUUGAUCCCAGCCAGUCUCCGGAGCCUAAGAGCGAAAGCACAGGUCACAGUCCACAUCAAUGA